ACGCGCCAAUUCUGCUGCCUGAGCCUCGGCCCAACAAAAUGGCGGCGGCGGCGGCGUCGCUUUGUUUCCGCGGCUCCUGCGGAGGUGGCAGCGGUGGCGGCCUUUGAGCUGUGGGGAGGAUCCAGCGCCAGCUGUAGUGACGACUAAGAGUCCAGUGCAUUUCUAUCGUAACUGGGCACCGGGGAGCGCAGAGUGGCGCCCUACGGUCGCUGAAGCCGACAAGGCGUUGAAGCGAAAACAUGACUGCUGAGCCCAUGAGUGAAAGCAAGUUGAAUACAUUGGUGCAGAAGCUUCAUGACUUUCUGGCACACUCAUCAGAAGAAUCUGAAGAAACAAGUUCUCCUCCAAGACUUGUGAUGAACCAAAGCACAGAUAAAGUCAGUGGUUCUGGAAAUAACUCUGAUAUGAUGGAAAACAGCAAGGAAGAGGGAGCUAGCUCUUCAGAAAAAUCCAAAUCAUCAGGAUCAUCACGAUCAAAGAGGAAACCUUCAAUUGUAACAAAGUAUGUAGAAUCUGAUGAUGAAAAACCUUUGGAUGAAACUGUAAAUGAAGAUGCUUCUAAUGAAAAUUCAGAAAAUGAUAUUACUAUGCAAAGCUUGCCAAAAGGUACAGUGAUUGUACAACCAGAGCCAGUGCUGAAUGAAGACAAAGAUGAUUUUAAAGGGCCUGAAUUUAGAAGCAGAAGUAAAAUGAAAACUGAAAAUCUCAAAAAACGCGGAGAAGAUGGGCUUCAUGGGAUUGUGAGCUGUACUGCUUGUGGACAACAGGUCAAUCAUUUUCAAAAAGAUUCCAUUUAUAGACAUCCUUCACUGCAAGUACUUAUUUGUAAGAAUUGCUUUAAAUAUUACAUGAGUGAUGAUAUUAGCCGUGACUCAGAUGGAAUGGAUGAACAGUGUAGAUGGUGUGCAGAAGGUGGAAACUUGAUUUGUUGUGACUUUUGCCAUAAUGCCUUCUGCAAGAAAUGCAUUCUACGCAACCUUGGUCGAAAGGAGCUGUCUACAAUAAUGGAUGAAAACAACCAAUGGUAUUGCUACAUUUGUCACCCGGAGCCUUUGUUGGAUUUGGUCACAGCAUGUAACAGCGUAUUUGAAAACUUAGAACAGUUGUUGCAACAAAAUAAGAAGAAGAUAAAAGUUGACAAUGAAAAGAGUAGUAAAGUAUAUGACCAUACACCCAGAUUUUCUCCAAAGAAAAACAGUUCAAAUUGUAAUGGAGAAGAAAAGAAAUUAGAUGAUUCAUGUUCUGGUUCAGUAACCUACUCUUACUCAGCACUAAUUGUGCCCAAGGAAAUGAUUAAGAAGGCAAAGAAACUGAUUGAGACUACUGCCAACAUGAACUCCAGUUACGUUAAGUUUUUGAAGCAGGCAACAGAUAAUUCAGAAAUCAAUUCUGCUACAAAGUUACGUCAGCUUAAGGCUUUUAAAUCUGUGUUGGCUGAUAUCAAGAAAGCUCAUCUUGCGUUAGAAGAAGAUUUGAAUUCAGAGAUUCGAGCUUUGGAUGCUGUAAACAAAGAGAAAAAUACCAAAGAGCAUAAAGUCAUAGAUGCUAAGUCUGAAACAAAAGUAAGAAAAGGAGAAAAACCCUGUGCUUUGGAAAGGAAGGAUAUUUCAAAAUCAGAAGCUAAACUGUCAAGAAAGCAGGUAGAUAGUGAGCAUGUGGAUCAGAGUGUUGCAGUAGAGGAACAAAGAGCAAAUAAAAAUCCCAGUGGUGAACAUAAAAAAUCUGAUAAAAAAGAAGAACCUCAGUAUGAACCUGCUAACACUUCUGAAGACUUAGACAUGGAUAUUGUGUCUGUUCCUUCCUCAGUUCCAGAAGACAUUUUUGAGAAUCUUGAGACUGCUAUGGAAGUUCAGAGUUCAGCAGAUUAUCAGGGAGAUGGCAACAGUGGAACUGAGCAAGAACUGGAGAGUUCUGUAAAAUUAAAUAUUACUUCAAAAGACAACAGAGGAGGUAUUAAAUCAAAAACAACAGCUAAAGUAACAAAAGAAUUAUAUGUUAAACUCACCCCUGUUUCCCUUUCUAAUUCCCCAAUUAAAGGUGCUGAUUGUCAGGAAGUUCCACAAGAUAAAGAUAGCUAUAGAAGUUCUUGUCUGAACCCCAAGCUGGAGAACUGUGGACUUGAACAGGAAAAGAAUGAUAAUGAGCAUUUGGUUGAAAGUGAAGUUCCAUUACUUUCAGAAGAAUCUGAUCUUCGAAGAUCCCCACGUGUAAAGACUACACCCUUGAGGCGACAGACAGAAACCAAUCCUACAACAUUUAAUUCAGAUGAAGAAAAUAAUGACACCAUUAAGGAGAAACAAAAACUAUCAGUUUCAAUGAGAAAAAAGGAUAAGCGGAAUUCUUCUGACAGUGCUAUAGAUAAUCCUAAACCUAAUAAAUUGCCUAAAUCUAAGCAGUCAGAGACUGUGGAUCAAAAUUCAGAUUCUGAUGAAAUGCUAGCAAUCCUCAAAGAAGUAUCCAGGAUGAGUCACAGUUCUUCUUCAGAUACUGAUAUUAAUGAACCUCAUACAAAUCAUGAGAAGACUUUGUAUGAUGUAAAGACUCAAACAGGGAAAGAUGAUAAAGGAAAAAGGAAACGAAAAAGUUCUACUUCUGGCUCAGAUUUUGAUAUUAAAAAAGGCAAAUCAGCUAAAAGGUCUAUAAUUUCUAAAAAGAAACGACAAAACCAGUCUGAAUCUUCCAAUUAUGACUCAGAAUUAGAAAAAGAGAUAAAGAGUAUGAGUAAAAUCGGGGCUGCCAGAACAACAAAAAGAAUUCCAAAUAAAGAAGAUUAUGAUUCUUCUGAAGAUGAAAAACACAGCAAAAAAGGAAUGGAUAAUCAAGGUCAGAAAAGUUUGAAGACUGCCCAGGAAGGAUCAUCUGAUGAUGCUGAAAGGAAAGAAGAGAGAGAGAAUUUCUCUUCAGCAGAAGGCAUAGUUGAUAAAGACAAGACUGUCAUGGAAUUGAGAGAUCGACUCCCUAAGAAGCAGCAGCCAAGUGUUUCCUCAGAUGGUGCUGAUAAGCUUUCUUCUGGGAAAGAGGAGAGUUUUAAUUCUCCAGAAGACAAAAAGGUUGCUGAAACUAAAGAAAAGAGUAAGUAUCUGAAAACCAAAAUGUGUAAGAAAGUACAAGGUGGCUUAUCUGAUGUUGCUGAGAGGUUCCCAAAGAAAGAACAGAGUGAUGAAUCCUCUGAAGAUGAUAACAAGCAGAGCAAAAAGGGAACUGAAGAAAAAGAAAAGAAAACUACAGACUUGAAGAAAAAAGUAAUUAAGAUGGAACAACAGUAUGAAUCAUCAUCUGAUAGCACUGAGAAAUUACCUGAGGGAGAAGAAAUUUGUCAUUUUCCUAAAGGCAUAAAACAAAAUAAGAAUGACACAACUGAUGGGGAAAAGAAGAGUAAAAAAAUAAAAGAUAAAACUUCUAAAAAGAAGGAUGAAUUAUCCGAUAAUGCUGAGAAGUUACCAGGGAAAAGAGAUAGCUGUGAUUCUUCCGAAGAUAAGAGGAGUAAGAAUGGAGCAUCCAGUCGAGAGAAGAAAAGGUGCAACUUACCUGAAAAGAGUUCAAGGAAGAGACAAGAUUGUUCAUCAUCUGAUACUGAGAAAUAUUCCAUGAAAGAAGAUGGUUGUGAUUCUUCUGAUAAGAGACCGAAAAGAAUUGAAUUAAGGGAAAGAAGAAAUUUAAAUUCAAAGAGAAAUACCAAGGAAGUACAAAAUGGCUCAUCGUCUUCUGAUGUUGAGGAAAGUUCCGAAGAUAAUAAAAAGCUGAAGAAACAAAGAGCUUCAGCUAAAAAGAAGGCAGGCAAUAUGAAGGAGAAAAUGAGAAACUCCCUAAGAGCAAGCACUAAAAGGAAGCAGGCUGACAUUUCUUCCUCAUCUUCUUCUGAUAUAGGAGAUGAUGAUCAGAAUUCUGUAGGUGAGGGGAGCAGUGAUGAGCAGAAAAUAAAGCCUGUGACCGAAAAUUUAGUGCUGUCUUCACAUACUGGAUUUUGUCAAUCUUCAGGAGAUGAAGCCUUAUCUAAAUCAAUGCCUGUCACAGUGGAUGAUGACGACGAUGACAAUGAUCCUGAGAAUAGAAUUGCCAAGAAGAUGCUUUUAGAAGAAAUUAAAGCCAAUCUUUCCUCCGAUGAGGAUGGAUCUUCAGAUGAUGAAUCAGAAGAAGGGAAAAAAAGAACUGGAAAACACAAUGAAGAAAACCCUGGAGAUGAGGAAGCAAAAAAUCAAGUCAAUUCUGAAUCAGAUUCAGAUUCUGAAGAAUCUAAGAAGCCGAGAUACAGACAUAGGCUUUUGAGGCACAAGCUGACUGUGAGUGAUGGAGAAUCUGGAGAAGAAAAAAAGACGAAGCCUAAAGAGCACAAAGAAGCCAAAGGCAGAAAUAGAAGGAAGGUGAGCAGUGAAGAUUCUGAAGAUUCUGAUUUUCAGGAAUCAGGAGUUAGUGAAGAAGUUAGUGAAUCUGAAGAUGAACAACGGCCGAGAACACGGUCUGCAAAGAAAGCAGAGUUGGAAGAAAAUCAGCGAAGUUAUAAACAGAAAAAGAAAAGGCGACGCAUUAAGGUUCAAGAAGAUUCAUCCAGUGAAAACAAGAGUAAUUCUGAAGAAGAUGAUAAAGAAGAAGAUGAAGAAGAAGAAGAAGAAGAAGAUGAAAAUGAUGAUUCCAAGUCUCCUGGAAAAGGCAGAAAGAAAAUUCGAAAGAUUCUUAAAGAUGAUAAACUAAGAACAGAAACACAAAAUGCUCUUAAGGAAGAGGAAGAGAGGAGAAAGCGUAUUGCUGAGCGGGAGCGGGAGCGAGAGAAAUUGAGAGAGGUGAUAGAAAUUGAAGAUGCUUCACCCACUAAGUGUCCAAUAACAACCAAGUUGGUUUUAGAUGAAGAUGAAGAAACCAAAGAACCUUUAGUGCAGGUUCAUAGAAACAUGGUUAUCAAAUUGAAACCCCAUCAAGUAGAUGGUGUUCAGUUUAUGUGGGAUUGCUGCUGUGAGUCUGUAAAAAAAACAAAGAAAUCUCCAGGUUCAGGAUGCAUUCUCGCCCACUGCAUGGGCCUUGGUAAGACUUUACAGGUGGUAAGCUUUCUUCAUACGGUUCUUUUGUGUGACAAAUUGGAUUUCAGCACAGCUUUAGUGGUUUGUCCUCUUAAUACUGCUUUGAAUUGGAUGAAUGAAUUUGAGAAGUGGCAAGAGGGAUUAAAAGAUGAUGAGAAGCUUGAGGUCUCUGAAUUAGCAACUGUGAAACGUCCUCAGGAGAGAAGCUACAUGCUGCAGAGAUGGCAAGAAGAUGGUGGUGUUAUGAUCAUAGGCUAUGAGAUGUACAGAAAUCUUGCUCAAGGAAGGAAUGUGAAGAGUAGGAAACUUAAAGAAAUAUUUAACAAAGCUUUGGUUGAUCCAGGCCCUGACUUUGUUGUUUGUGAUGAAGGCCAUAUCCUAAAAAAUGAAGCAUCUGCUGUUUCAAAAGCUAUGAAUUCUAUACGAUCAAGGAGGAGGAUUAUUUUAACAGGAACCCCACUUCAAAAUAACCUAAUUGAGUAUCAUUGCAUGGUUAACUUUAUCAAAGAAAAUUUGCUUGGAUCCAUUAAGGAGUUCAGGAAUCGAUUUAUAAAUCCAAUCCAAAAUGGUCAGUGUGCAGAUUCUACCAUGGUAGAUGUCAGAGUAAUGAAAAAACGUGCUCACAUUCUCUAUGAAAUGUUAGCUGGAUGUGUUCAGAGGAAAGAUUAUACAGCAUUAACAAAGUUCUUGCCUCCAAAACAUGAGUACGUGUUAGCUGUGAGAAUGACUCCUAUUCAGUGCAAACUCUAUCAGUACUACUUAGAUCACUUGACAGGUGUAGGUAAUAGCAGUGAAGGUGGAAGAGGAAAGGCAGGUGCAAAACUUUUCCAAGAUUUUCAGAUGUUAAGUAGAAUCUGGACUCAUCCUUGGUGUUUGCAGCUGGACUACAUUAGCAAAGAAAAUAAGGGAUAUUUUGAUGAAGACAGUAUGGAUGAAUUUAUAGCUUCAGAUUCUGAAGAAACCUCCAUGAGUUUAAGCUCUGAUGAUUAUACAAAAAAGAAGAAAACAAAGGGGAAAAAGGGGAAAAAAGAUAGUAGCUCAAGUGGAAGCGGCAGUGACAAUGAUGUUGAAGUGAUUAAAGUCUGGAAUUCAAGAUCUCGAGGAGGUGGUGAAGGAAAUGUGGAUGAAACAGGAAACAAUCCCUCAGUUUCUUUAAAGCUGGAAGAAAGUAAAGCUACUUCCUCUUCUAAUCCAAGCAGCCCAGCUCCAGACUGGUACAAAGAUUUUGUUACAGAUGCUGAUGCUGAGGUUUUAGAGCAUUCUGGAAAAAUGGUACUUCUCUUUGAAAUUCUUCGAAUGGCAGAGGAAAUUGGGGAUAAAGUCCUUGUUUUCAGCCAGUCUCUCAUAUCUCUGGACUUGAUUGAAGAUUUUCUUGAAUUGGCUAGUAGGGAGAAGACAGAAGAUAAAGAUAAACCUCUUAUUUAUAAGGGUGAAGGGAAGUGGCUCCGAAACAUAGACUAUUACCGUUUAGAUGGUUCUACAACUGCUCAAUCAAGGAAAAAAUGGGCUGAAGAAUUUAAUGAUGAAACUAAUGUGAGAGGGCGCUUGUUUAUCAUUUCAACCAAAGCAGGAUCUCUUGGAAUUAAUCUGGUAGCUGCUAAUCGAGUGAUUAUAUUUGAUGCUUCUUGGAAUCCAUCUUAUGACAUCCAGAGUAUAUUCAGAGUUUAUCGCUUUGGACAAACUAAACCUGUGUAUGUAUAUAGGUUCUUAGCUCAGGGAACCAUGGAAGAUAAGAUUUAUGAUCGGCAAGUAACUAAGCAGUCACUGUCUUUUCGAGUUGUUGAUCAACAGCAAGUUGAACGUCAUUUUACCAUGAAUGAGCUUACUGAACUUUAUACCUUUGAGCCAGACUUGUUAGAUGACCCUAAUUCAGAAAAGAAGAAGAAAAGGGAUACUCCCAUGCUGCCAAAGGACACCAUACUUGCAGAACUUCUUCAGAUACAUAAAGAACACAUUGUAGGAUAUCAUGAACAUGAUUCUCUUUUGGACCACAAAGAAGAAGAAGAGUUGACUGAAGAAGAAAGAAAAGCAGCUUGGGCUGAGUAUGAAGCAGAGAAGAAGGGACUGACCAUGCGUUUCAACAUACCAACUGGGACCAAUUUACCCCCUGUCAGUUUCAACUCUCAAACUCCUUAUAUUCCUUUCAAUUUGGGAGCCCUGUCAGCAAUGAGUAAUCAACAGCUGGAGGACCUCAUUAAUCAAGGAAGAGAAAAAGUUGUGGAAGCAACAAACAGUGUGACAGCAGUGAGGAUUCAGCCUCUUGAAGAUAUAAUUUCAGCUGUAUGGAAGGAAAACAUGAAUCUCUCAGAGGCCCAGGUACAGGCGUUAGCAUUAAGUAGACAAGCCAGCCAGGAGCUUGAUGUUAAACGAAGAGAAGCAAUCUACAAUGAUGUAUUGACAAAACAACAGAUGUUAAUCAGCUGUGUUCAGCGAAUACUUAUGAACCGAAGGCUCCAGCAGCAGUACAAUCAGCAGCAACAGCAGCAAAUGACUUAUCAACAAGCAACGCUGGGUCACCUCAUGAUGCCAAAGCCUCCAAAUUUAAUCAUGAAUCCUUCUAACUACCAGCAGAUUGAUAUGAGAGGAAUGUAUCAGUCAGUGGCUGGUGGUAUGCAGCCACCACCAUUACAGCGUGCACCACCCCCAAUGAGAAGCAAAAAUCCAGGACCUUCCCAAGGGAAAUCAAUGUGAUUUUGCACUAAAAGCUUAAAAGAUUGCUAAAAUCAUAGAAAGAUCUUUUAUUUUUUUAGGAAUCAAUGACUUAACAGAACUCAACUGUAUAAAUAGUUUGGUCCCCUUAAAUGGCAAUCUUCCAUAUUAGUUUAAAAUUUUUUUUAAUAGGGCAUACCAUUUCUUCCUGACAUUUGUCAGUGAUGUUGCCUAGAAUCUUCUUACACACACUGAGUACAGAAGAUCUUUCAAAUUGUUUUCAGUGAAAACAAGACCUUCCAUAACAGUAACAACUCCACAGAUUUCCUCUCUAAAUUUUUAUGCCUGCUUUUAGCGACCAUAAAGUUGUCAUAAAUUAAUGAAUUUAUGAAAGAAUACAGAUUUAUAUAUUCAUUCUUUACAUAUAAAAACACACAGCUGAGUUCUUAGAGUUGAUUCCUCAAGUUAUGAAAUACUUUUGUAUUAAUCCAUUUCUUGAUUAAAGUGAUUGAAAUGGUUUUAAUGUUCUUUUGACUGAAGUCUGAAACUGGGCUCCUGCUUUAUCAUAUCUGUGACUGAAAAUUAGAAACUAAGGGUUAUCUUUGACACAGAAUUGUGUGCAAUAUUCUUAAAUACUACUGCUCUAAAACUUGGAGGAGUCUUGCAGUUAUCUUAGCAUUGUAUAAACAGCCUUAAGUACAGCUUAAGAAAAGAAUUCCUUUUUCUUCUGUAGUCUUUCUGCCAUUUUUUAUUUUCAGUUAUAUGUGCUGAAA